UGGAUCCCUGUCACCAAGCUUGGUCGCCUGGUCAAGGAUAUGAAGAUCAAGUCUCUCGAGGAGAUCUACCUCUUCUCGCUUCCGAUCAAGGAGUCUGAGAUCAUCGAUUUCUUCCUGGGGUCCUCUCUGAAGGAUGAGGUUUUGAAGAUCAUGCCAGUCCAGAAGCAGACUCGUGCUGGUCAGAGGACCAGGUUCAAGGCUUUUGUUGCUAUCGGGGACUACAAUGGCCAUGUUGGUCUUGGUGUGAAGUGCUCCAAAGAAGUCGCUACUGCUAUUCGUGGGGCGAUCAUCCUGGCUAAGCUGUCCAUCGUGCCCGUACGACGGGGCUACUGGGGCAACAAGAUUGGCAAACCCCACACCGUGCCUUGCAAGGUCACUGGCCGGUGUGGAUCUGUCCUGGUGCGUCUGAUCCCGGCUCCCCGUGGCACAGGGAUCGUGUCUGCGCCUGUCCCCAAGAAGCUGCUGAUGAUGGCUGGGAUUGAUGACUGCUACACCUCGGCCAGGGGCUGCACGGCCACCCUCGGCAACUUCGCUAAAGCCACCUUCGAUGCCAUCUCCAAGACCUACAGUUACCUGACUCCUGACCUCUGGAAAGAGACCGUGUUCACCAAGUCUCCUUACCAGGAGUUCACUGAUCACCUGGCGAAGACCCACACCAGAGUGUCUGUGCAGAGAACCCAGGCAGCUGCUGUGGCAACCACUUAAGUGGGUUUGGAGCAAGACAAUAAAUUGAUCAGUGAACGAGAAA